AUGGAUAUCGCAACAGGUCCCGAGUCCCUGGAAAGGUGCUUCUCGCGAGGCCCGUCGGACUGCUCAAAGAUGCUGGACGGUAUUAAAAUGGAAGAUCACCCUCUGCGCUCGGGGCCGGCCACGUUAGGAGUGUUAUUGGGCUCGGAGUGUCAGCACCAGGCCGUGUGCGAAGGCUGCCAGCGGCCCAUCUCGGAUCGCUUUCUGAUGAGAGUGAACGAGUCGUCCUGGCACGAAGAGUGUUUGCAGUGCGCGGUGUGUCAACAAGCCCUCACCACCAGCUGCUACUUCCGGGACCGCAAACUCUACUGCAAGCAGGACUACCAACAGCUAUUCGCUGCCAAGUGCAGCGGGUGCAUGGAGAAAAUCGCCCCGACAGAGUUUGUGAUGAGAGCCCUGGAGUGCGUCUACCACCUGAGCUGCUUCUGCUGCUGCGUUUGCGAGCGGCAGCUGAGGAAAGGGGACGAGUUUGUUCUUAAGGAAGGACAGUUGCUCUGCAAAAGUGAUUAUGAGAAAGAGAAAGAUUUGUUGAGCUCGGUCAGCCCGGACGACUCGGACUCAGUUAAAAGUGAUGACGAGGAUGGGGACGUUAAGCCCACCAAAGGACAAGUAGCCCAAGGGAAAGGAAGUGAUGAUGGGAAGGAUCCAAGGAGACCUAAGCGACCGAGGACAAUACUCACAACGCAGCAGAGACGAGCGUUCAAAGCUUCGUUUGAAGUGUCUUCCAAGCCCUGCAGGAAGGUCAGAGAAACACUAGCAGCUGAAACAGGACUCAGUGUGCGAGUUGUCCAGGUCUGGUUUCAAAACCAAAGAGCAAAGAUGAAAAAACUAGCACGAAGGCAUCAGCAGCAGCAGGAGCAACAAAACUCUCAGCGACUAGGGCAAGAAGUGAUGUCCAACCGCAUGGAAGGGAUGAUGACGUCUUAUACGCCACUUGCACCUCCACAGCAGCAGAUUGUAGCAAUGGAUCAAAGCAGUUAUGGCACAGACCCGUUUCAGCAGGGUCUUACCCCGCCACAAAUGCCGGGCGACCACAUGAACCCUUAUGGAAACGACUCCAUUUUUCAUGAUAUCGACAGUGAUACCUCUCUAACUAGCUUGAGCGACUGUUUUCUUGCCUCUUCUGAAGUUAACUCCAUGCAGGCUAGAGUAGGAAACCCCAUUGACAGGCUGUACUCUAUGCAGAGCUCCUAUUUCGCCUCAUGAAAAUAAAAGAAAACAAACAGUCGGCGCAUAUUUAGCCCGUGACUUUUUCCAGUGCAGACUCUACAGCCAUAUGUUGCCCAGCUCUUCCUUCACAGUGACUCCUGCUGCCUCUGGACUGCAAAGAGCAUUUUUAGGAAGAUGAUGUUUGUAUAUAUGUGUGUGUGAGUGUGUGUAUACAUACACACAUUAUAUAUAAAUGCACACAUACACACAUAUAUAUAUAUUAAAAAAACAAAAAACAUCCUCCAGUCCCUUCCCCUUGAUUACACAGCUUGCACCAGACCAAGAGACAAGCAUGGCAAGCAUGGAAGGAAUAGAAGACCCUGCUCUUCAGCAGCCUUUGGUUUGGUUUGAGCUCAUCGUUAUAAAGGAAAUGGAUUUUGCAGCAAGCUAGAUCUUUUCCUCCUUUCUCUAGUCCUUUCUUUUGGAUGUUUAAACAUUUUUUUUUUUAAGCCACUGAUACUGACAUCAGACRACCAUAUGACAAAUAAAUCAAAGAAACUGGAGAUUCCUCCCUUUUCUUACUGCAUGAUUCAUACUAUGUCGUGGACAAAUUGCCAUUUGAACUGUGAGAAGUUAAUGUAAAUGUGACGUUCAACAUUUGUUUCCUUUCUAUACUUUUUUCUACAUAAC